AACGUAUAAAAUGGAAAAUGAAAUGCGCGCGUACACUCACAUUUUAUUGUACUGCAAAUAGAUUCGGCGAAUCCAUACUCGACAUUUCCAUUCCGGGUGAUUUGCAGUCAGUUGACAUUUCUAUCGACGACAACCGAACAAGAAGAACUAGCAGCGGAUAAAAAAAAAAACAAACAACAAAAGCACGUCUUGUAUUUUGCAGUGUGUGUUUGUUUGCUUCCAUUCUAUCGAUUUUCUAGUAUUUUGUGUAUUUGUCGAUAAAAUAGAGACAAAAAUAAAACAAGUCCAAAACUUUAUUUUGUGAAGUUAAUUUCUUUUGAAACGAGAUAAAAAUAAUUCGUGUAUAUGAAUUUCAAACAUUGUUUCGAAAAGAAUUGAUAAUUUAUUUGCCGCAAAGUGGAAGGAAAAAAGAGGUUUGAAGCGAAAAAAUCUAACAACGACUCCAAUUAGUGAAACAAAACCUCAGAAUAGUAUUCAUAGAACGAAAAAGAAACAGAAACAUUUACUUGAUAUUGAGUCUGUUUUUUUUUUUCUCUCUAUCAAACAGAAAAUCUUAUGAGUUCUCCUUUAUUUGAGGAAAAGUUCCAUAAAUAAAUCGAAGAAAAAUAGUUUCAAAGUGUUGAAAAUGUGGAUUUUUUCAAAACAUAUUUUUCAUUGACAUUUAUUGUAAUUUGCAUUGCCACACGAUGAAAAAUAUUGCAGCCCGUCAAAAAUUAUGAAUUUAAUUCGAUAUCGAAAGGAGUGAAAAUAGUUUACGCAUACAUAACUGAGAAAUAAAUGGGGUUUUUUUCUGUGGAAAACGAGACAAUUGGCUCCAUUGUUUUGGAAUUAAAAGGUUGAAAAACUUGGACUCAAAAGUCAAUUGCGAAGAAAAAGCAAUUGACGGAAGAAAAAGGGAAAAAAACUUCAUCCAUAUUGUUUGAAUGCGCUGCAAUCUCGCAGUGUACGAGAAAUUCUUACGAAGCGUUUUGUGUUUACGUGUUGUUACCAUAGAAACCGUACCGUAAAAUAUCUGCUGGAUGGUGAUAGGAUAGAUUCCGAAGACGGCGAGUUGUGUGUAGUGAAUUUUGAAUGCGCGCACGGAGCCCAUGUGCCCACCGCAUCAACGCGAAAAGCAUUUAGUGAAAUUGCAUUCCAUGAACUUGAAUGCACAGAACACACAUACACACACACACACACACGUUGUGUGCCUCUUGUCUAGCGAAUGAAGAACCUCAUACCACUCACAAUCGUUUCGAAAUAAUCACACAUACAAAUCGACGACAAGAAGAAAGAGAGAGGGACAGAGAGAGAGAGAGAGAGAGAGAGAGAGAGAGAGAGAGAGAGCGUGAGCGCAGGAAAAAAAGAACCAAAGCAAUAACAUAUACACGCGGGGCACUGCCGUUGUUUUCGUUACAUACCGAAAAAAAGACUUAGAAAUAGAGAGUCAUUGCUCUCAAAGGUUGCAUGCAGCCGACAAAAGUGAAUAAGUGAGAUUGUAUAAUGUGGUUAUAAAUAAAUGAAUAAAAAGGAAGAAAGGACCUUAUAAAACGCCGUGAUAUUUCCCCUCUUUUCUUCCUUGCCAAUCCCAACGAACAAAGAGAAGCGAGUGAGAGCGAGCCAUGCGAAUCAAAAGGGCACUUUCGUGAUAUUCAUUCAUUGACAUUCGAAAAUGGCAUGAAAUUGUAAGAACAAAAACCGAAAUUACAAAAGGCACAAAACGACACGAAAGUUAAGUAGCAGCGACAAAAAAAAACACACACACAAUACGAAUACAAUAAAAGAGAGGCUACGGGGGAAAAAUUGACAUGCACGCCAAAUGCGAUUUGGAUAGUUUGAUUGGAUAAUAAUCGUCGUUGUCGUUGAGACAAGAGAGAGAGAGAGAGAGAGAGAGAGAAAUAAAACGAACAUUUUAUUCGCUGCGCUUUGUUUCGAGUCGGAAAUUAAAAAUAAAAACAUUUUUCGCUUGGUAUUUGUUGUUAUUGUUGUGUGAUGCGGUGAUGCGAAGUUGUUCAUUCGAAUAAUGUGGCCGGGAUUUGAAAAGUUCAAUACCAAACAGGAUAAUUCAAGUCAAAAUGAAACAAUAGAUCACAUCUCAACAAUUGCCGGCUCCUUGGCUUCCAUCGGAACUGAACACACUGAAUCACCGGGCUUGGAUGAUCGCGUCUACGAUACAGACCAUACCGAUCUCAAUUCCGAUUUCGACGAAUCUGAACUGCGCCGUGAACUUCUAGAAGAUAAAUGGCGUCAACUCUUCGAUAAAUUUGAUCCGGAAGGUUUUGGCGAGAUACCCGUCAAUGAUUUCUUAGUUGCCUUAAAAUCGCCUGAGCUUCAAUCGCAAGUGCCUUUUAAUAAAAUUGAAUUGCUUUAUCAUCGUGCAUUGAAAUCAAAAGAGCCAAACGGAACGGGGACAAUAUCAUUUCAGGAAUUCGUGAAUGUGAUGAGCGGUAAGCGAUCACGCAGUUUCAAGUGUGCCGUUCAUCAUCGAGAUCGCGAAGUUUGCUCUGAGAACGAUUUUCAUAUUAUAAACGAGUACCAACCACUAUUUCAAAGAAUGGUUCACGUAAUUGCAAUGGAAGUGCUACCGGAGGAACGAGACCGGAAAUAUUAUGCAGACAGUUAUUCAUGUUGUCCGCCACCGCUGUUCAUACUGCUGAUCACUAUAAUCGAGUUGGGAUUUUUUGCAUACUAUUCGCUGAUGUCAGGACAACUUGAACCGGCCGGUCCCAUUCCGAUCGAUUCGUUAUUCAUCUAUCGGCCCGACAAACGGCAGGAAUUAUGGCGUUUCGGUACCUAUAUGGUUUUACAUGCCGGAUGGUUUCAUUUGGCUUUCAAUCUAAUUGUACAACUUCUGGUGGGCUUACCAUUAGAAAUGGUACAUGGUUCAACGCGCAUCGGUUGCGUCUAUUUGGCCGGUGUAUUAGCUGGUUCGAUGGGCACCAGCGUAUUCGAUCCGGAAGUGUAUUUAGUUGGUGCCAGUGGUGGUGUGUACGCUCUUCUGGCCGCACAUUUAGCUAAUGUCAUGCUGAACUACAACAAUAUGCACUAUGGCAUCAUUCGAAUUGUCGGCAUUUUUCUUUUCGCGUCAUGUGAUGUGGGUUUUGCCAUCUAUACACGGUAUGCAAUCGAACCGACAACCGCGCCGUCCAUUUCCUACAUUGCACAUUUAACGGGUGCACUGGCCGGCCUCACCAUUGGUCUGCUCGUUCUCAAAAGUUUCGAACAAAAACUACACGAACAACUCAUUUGGUGGAUUGCGCUGGGCGUUUAUUCGGCAUGCACAAUAUUUGCCAUCGUCUACAAUCUACUCAACACAAUCACCGCACAGAAAUUUGAAGAAAACGAGGAAGUCUUUAAAAAACAGUUAUUCGGCGAUUUUGGCAUAUGAAAAUGAAAACAAUGGUCAGAACUGUGAAUGAACAGCGAAACAUGGAGCAAGAAAUGGAGAGAAGAAAGAGAGAAAAAAAUUGGAAAGACGGAAAGAGAGAAAACAACAGCAACAACAACAUCAUACACUCAUAUUUAUGGCAUAUUCAUUCUCAUCGUGUGCAUGAGACCAUUGAAAAUGUGCACAAUCGUUGUUACCGAUAUAAAUUGCUGCUGUUGGUUGUUACGGUGAUGGUGGUGGUGGCGGUGGCAGAGACAGAGGCAACGGCAGCCAGUUCCAGUGCACGCCGCACAAAUCAAUCAUUCCGUGCAAAUAUCUUUUUGGAUCAAAACGAUAAUAUAAUAUAUCAUUAUUAAAUUACGUUUUUUUCCUCUCUCUCCUCUGGUUCAUUCCCAUUCGAAAGAUGGAACACCGCCCUGAGAAUGAAAUAGGUUUUUUUUUUUAAUUAACAAUGUUUUAUUAAAUCAAAGGCUCUCGGAAAUUUGUGCCUAGAACGUCAAAGCAAUUGACAUUUCAAUGCUUUUAAGUCAGUAGAACGUCAAUGCUGCUAAUGACAUUGACGUUUUAGGCAAAAGCAACAUAUGCGAUUCCCGAGAGCAUUUAUAAUUUAGUUUAAUUUAUUAACUUAUUGUUUUUUUUUUGGUCGAAUACGCUCCCCGUGCAAAGCGCACGAGCAACAAGCAAAACAGACACAAAAAACUACUAUUAUUUAAUUUACGAAAUGAUUUAUGAAUGAUGCAAAAAAAAAAGAGAAAGAAGUUCAGAAAAAGUUACGAAAGAGUGAGAAAAAGAAGAAGAGGAUGGAGAAGGGAAAAAAAGCAUAGUGCAUGGUGCAUGAGGAGCCAAUUUUGUAUAUAGUUAAAUUGAAAUCAAUGGAGUGAAAAGUGAAAAUAUGUGGAGAGAACAAAAAAAAAACAGCGGAGAAGAAAAGAAUAAACUGUAGAAAAACGAAACAACUUACUAAAUGCAUACACAUCAAAUGAUUGGAUGUAGACAGUCGUACAUCAAGAGAGUAGCAUGAAAGCUCGAUAAUACCAAAGCUAUCAAGUGAAACGAAAAAUAGAAAAAAACUCAAGAUGAAGAAGUAAAAAAAAACACACUCGAGAAAUAAAUCAAGAAAAAAUAACUAAUUUUAUUGAAUAGGUGUAGAAAGAUGAAAUAAUGAGAAAUAAUUAAAUUGCAUUAAGACUUUAACGUUUGAAUCGUUAAUUGUGCGCGUGCAUUUAUGCUUUUUCAUCAUCGUCGCCGUCAUCUUUCAUCGAUUGCACGCCAUUUAUCAUCGAAGCGGUGGUUGUGUUGCUUGAAGUGUGCAACAUUUCAAAAAAUUUGCCAAAUCUAAUAACAGCAGCGGCAGCAUCGAUUGAUACGGACGGCUGACAAAUGAUAAAACAACAACAACCAAUUAAUUUUUUUCUUUCCAUUGAGUGAAAAGAAAAAUUGCCCAAAUAUACAUAUGUUGCAUGCAUCACACACACACACACAGUUCCACAGCCGGUUAUCGUAUACUGUAUUAUUUCUUCUUUUUUAUGUCAUUGUACAGUCAUUCUCAUCAUCAACAGCAAACGAUCUUAUGUAUGCGCGCGUGCGCGCGUGCGCUCUUGCAAUUUAAUCCACACCAAACCAAACCAAAUUGCUUGGUUGAGCUGCACAAAUCCAUUUUGAUGAUUAUAAUCACUGUGCAUGAACUAAAUCCAAUCCAUAGACUGAUUAAACAUUAACAUACAUAAUAAAAGUUAUAGUUAGAAACAGAAAGAAAGAAAAUAAAAACCAAUUUACAAUGAAUUAGCCUCAUACAAUGUCAAAAUGAAUUCGAAACUAAAGCAACCGAAAUAAAAUAGUACAUUAAAAAUGAAAUAAAAACAACAGGAAAAAAAAACAUUGCCGAAACGUACGUUAAUGAAAUAAAGAAGAAAAAAACACGUAUCUGCAACAUAGCAAUAGAAUGUAAACGAAAAAGCAUUAAUUUAUAUGUCAUAAACUCUAAUUUUACCAAUGAAAUUCUCUAAGUCUAAGCUGGCCUAAGCUAAAAACAAACACAACACAAAUUAUUCAAUACCUUCUUUUUCAAAGCGCUCGCAAAUUUGGUUUCUUUCUCUCUUUUUUUCAAGAAAUAAAAAAUUUGGUAAUGAAAAUGCGAGUCUUUUUGCAUGAUAGAAAUUUUACCCUUCUUUGUGCUUGCCUCGCAUUUUGAAGCAUUUAGAUUUUUUUUUUCUUAGAAAAAAAUGGGGAAAGAAAUUAUUAUUCGUUUGCAAUUGAUUCCAAUGCAGAGAGCGACCAAAAGCUAGUCACUAUAUACUUCAAGAUAAAAUAAAAUUUAGAAAAAAAAACCACAUGAGUUUUUUUUUUAAGGAAUUAUCAUUAAGCAUCGAUUUUGUUCCAAUUCGUACAUUUUAAGUAAU